AUGUCCGGAAUCAGCACUACAAGACCCAACCUAUCCCGCGCAGCAAGCCUUGUACAGUGUGUCAGCUGUCUCGAAGACAAAUUUGCUGGUCAAUUCGCGUACACAACCCGGCGCUGUGCAAGCAGACACCCCGCCAGCACUUGCAUAUCAUGCAUCGAGACCUGGAUCCAACAUAGCCUCGAGGAGGGCGGUACCCGUGUCACUUGUCCCCAAUGUCCUACUGAGCUAGGUUAUUCUGCGAUCCGAAAGUUCGCCGACAGAGCCACGUUUGAAGAGUACGAGAUGCGCCAGCUCACGAGCUUAUUGGACGGCGACCAGAGUUUCGUGUGGUGUUCCCGCGGCUGCGGAUCCGGACAAUGGCAUCCCGCUGGCGUUGACGAGCCGAUCCUCACAUGCCAUCAUUGUCACCAGCAGACCUGUGUAGUGCAUCGUCUGCCAUGGCAUACAGGUCUUACUUGCGGCCAGUUUGACGCAGCACUCUGGGCACAGGAGGAGAGCGGACACGGAGCGCAGGAACAGCUUUCAGCGGAACAGAGACCGCAUGCCCUGCUUCUUCAGCGGGCGAGAGAGGAUGAAGCUAGCCGCGACGUCGUCAGAAGGACCUCGAAGCAAUGUCCGAGUUGCCAUUUCGAUAUCGCGAAGAUUGGUGGAUGUGAUCAUAUGCAUUGUCAGGCGGGAAUUGGGAAGAGUAGGAUUACGGACAGCGCACCUGAUUCGCCUCAGAUCGAGGAAGAACACAGUGGGUGA